AUGAUAGAGCAACUAACUAAAGGAAGAUAUGAAUGUAUGGUGUGCUGUGAGAACAUGAGACCGGAUACAGCUGUAUGGAACUGUUCUAGCUGUUAUCAUCUAUUCCAUCUAUUCUGUAUCAAGAAAUGGGCCAGAUCUUCAACUGCACUGGUGGAGGGAGAAGGAUGGCGCUGCCCUGCCUGUCAAAAUAUUACAGAAAAAGUUCCAAAUUCUUACAAGUGCUUUUGUGGUAAAAUACGCGAUCCUGUAUAUAACAGAUAUGAGACCCCCCAUAGCUGUGGUGAUGUCUGUAAUAGAAACAGAAAGGGAGAUUGUCAACAUCCUUGUACAUUGUUGUGCCAUCCAGGUGCCUGUCCACCAUGUAGUGCUACUGUUACCAAAUCUUGUGAUUGUGGACAAAUCAAACAAACUGUAAGAUGUGGGUUGAAUAUUGGACUAAAAUGUGAUCAUGAAUGUGGAAAGAUGUUAAACUGUGGAAAACAUACAUGUUUAGUUAUCUGUCAUUCAGGAGCUUGUCAAACCUGUACACAGUCAUUUAAACAAGAAUGUUAUGGUAAACACUCUAGUCGGGAAGUUUUGUGUGGUUCUAGUGAAGAUCAAGAAAUAUCCUACUCCUGUUCACACCCUUGUAAUAGAAUAUUAGAGUGUGGUAAUCAUAGAUGUGAAUUAGAAUGUCACCCUGGGGAUUGUCCCCCCUGCCCUCUUCUCCCAGACCAAAUCAAACACUGUCCCUGUGGUCGCACAUUAAUAACUGAUUUAACAGAUGAAAAAAGAACCUCGUGUUUAGCACCUUUACCUACUUGUGAUAAAAUUUGUAAAAAACAACUGAAAUGUGGAACUCAAGAUCGUAAACAUGUAUGUAAAAAAGUUUGUCAUGAAGGUGAUUGUCCACCAUGUGAAGGUUAUAGCAAAUUAAAAUGUGUUUGUAAGAAUAUUGAGAAAUCUAUCCCCUGUGCUAAAGCAAUAACAUACAAUGAAUCUAAUCCUUUUCUUUGUGAUAAAAAAUGUACCAAAAAAAGACAUUGUGGUAAACAUAAAUGUGGUGAAGUUUGUUGUAAGAAAGAAGAACAUAUUUGUGAAACAAGAUGUAACAGGAAGUUGACGUGUGGUAGACAUAAAUGUGGACAGAUGUGUCACCCUGGUAACUGUCUACCUUGUUUAGAAGCAAGUUUUGAUGAGUUAUCGUGCCAUUGUGGAGCAGCUGUAAUAUUUCCACCUGUAGCUUGUGGUACAAGACCACCAGAAUGUCAUCAAGUUUGUCAAAAACAACAUGAUUGUGAACAUACUGUUCGUCAUAAUUGUCACAGUGAAGAGACGUGUCCACCAUGUACAGCUUUAACAGAGAAACGGUGUGUUGGAGGCCAUGAGAUAAGAAAGAAUAUACCAUGUCAUAUUAAAGAUAUAAUGUGUGGAUAUCCCUGUGGUCGUACUCUACCUUGUGGUAAACAUAAGUGCAAACAAACUUGUCAUAAGGGUGAUUGUCUACCCGAAGGUGAAGCCUGUACUCAACCAUGUGAUAUUAAACGUGAGGAAUGUGGACAUCCUUGUGGCGCCCCCUGUCAUCCUGAUUCUCCAUGUCCUCCUGUAGCCUGUAAAACUGAGAUAUCAGUGAAAUGUGCUUGUGGUAAUAAACAAUCUAAAGUUUUAUGUCAACUUGGUGGAGAAGAUAACACAGAUAAUUAUCAAAAGUUAAACAGGUGCCUGUAUGUAUGCCGUUUUAUAUUCAGACUAGAGUGUGAUGCCGAGUGUGCCAAGUUGGAGAGAAAUAGACGCAUGGCUCUAGCCCUAGAAAUAGAAAACCCAGACUUGACAUCUAAACUGAAUACAACUUCAUAUCCUGAUUUACUCAAAGAUUUUGCAAGAAAGAAUCCAGAGAAAGCCAACCAGAUAGAGAAAGCUUUAUAUGAUCUUGUACUUAAUGCUAAACAGUCUAAAUAUCCCUCUCGAAGCCAUUCAUUUCCAUCAAUGAAUCGAGAAAAUCGACAAUUUGUACAUGAGCUGGCUGAGUUUUAUGGAUGUGAGACACAGAGUUAUGAUAAUGAACCCAAGAAAAAUGUGGUAGCCACUGCUUAUAAGUAA